UCUCUCUUCAGCCAAAAAAAUCUCUUUCGCUUUCAAACCCUAACUUUUUGGUUUUCCGCCCCACAAUUUUGACACUCUUCAAGAUCGAUUUUUCGAGCUCAAUUUGGAAGGCUUCUCUAAUUUAUUGUAGUAAUUUUCUUCUCCCAAAAUUUUAUCUUUGGAAUAUUUUGGCUUUGAUUACCUAUGCCUGGUAACGGAAUUGGGGACAGGAUCCAUAAUUUCCUUGGCCAAGAGAGUUUCUCCCAGGACCAGCAUCAAUCACAGGUUGGCUUAAGUAACAAUUUGUGGGUUGGAAUCCAGAGUCAAGUUGGUGGGUCUCUUGUUUCCAGUUUGACGAAUUCAAGUGUUCAUCAAUUAGCAGAGCCUGACAGAAGACAUAGUGGUCAGUCUUCAAGCCUGCUGCAUGGGCUGAACUUCACAAAAUCAGGUCCAAGGCCUGAAUUUGCUAGAAGUCAAUUGCGAAACCAAUCAUCAAUCGCAAAUGGCUAUAAUCAAGGGCAUCAGUCUUUCCAGGCAAGGCAGAAGGAAACAAACUUAUUGGGAGUGGAUAUGGCACCUAGAAGUUUAUCAGUUCUUGAUUCACCAAUAGGAAAUGGCCCUGGUUUUCAUCAAAAGAAUCCAUUGAGGUUGGACUCCACUGAAUCUCCCAAAAAUUAUGAUUUUUUUGGAGGACAACAACAAAUUAGUGGACAGCAUCCUGUCCAAUCAUUGCCAAGGCAGCAAUCAGGAAUGACUGAUAUGCAGCUGCUACAGCAACAUGAUAUAAUGCAAGAAUUAAUGAGACAACAACUUCCAAAGCCACCGUUUCACCUACCAGAAACAAGGCAGUUGAGCUCUACGGAUCAGGUUUACGCUGUUGCUAGACAGGUAUCAGAUGGUCUCUGUCCAGUUCCAAUCAAUGGUGUUCCUGUCCGUGAUGCUUUAAAUUAUACCUGGCAGCCUGAGCACAUGACACCAAAUGCAAAUUGGCUACAACAUGGUGCCUCUUCAGCCAUGCAGCGAUCCUCUGGUGGACGUAUGUUUUCCCCUGAGCAAGGCCAGAAGCAUUUGACGGGUUUGGUUCCUCAACAAGUUGAUCAAUCAUUUUAUGGGAUUUCUACUGGUAGUGCAAGUGGAAUUCCACAUCAAUACUCUUCUCUCCAAAUGGAUAAGGCUUUAAUGCAGCAGGUGCCAGCCAGCAGUAAUUCCUUUCCAGGUAAUCAGCAUGCUAUGUUUUCAGAUCAAGUUGGUUUGCAAGAUGGAACUUUGGUUUCUAGACAAGGUGAUCAGGAUAAAGAUUUAUUUGGGGCUGUGACUGCUCAAGGUUUAAAUAGUCUAUUUCAUUCAGAAAACUUGCAGCAAAUGGCUAUCCAGCCAAAAAAUGCAGUGAUGCAGGAGUCUCCUCAGAGGAAUGAUCAUUGCAGUCCUCCAGAAACAUCCCUGGAGAAGUCGGCAAUUCAGGUGCCCUCCUCCCAAAAUGUGGCUACACUGGAUCCAAUUGAAGAAAAGAUUUUGUUUGGUUCAGAUGACAGUAUGUGGGAUGUCUUUGGAAAGAGCACCAAUCUGGGUUCAGUGUUGGAUAGUACAGAGUCUUUAGGGGGAUUUCCUUCUCUGCAAAGUGGAAGUUGGAGCGCUCUUAUGCAGUCUGCUGUAGCAGAAAGAUCCAGUAAUGAUAUAGGGGUACAGGAGGAGUGGAUUGGUUUGGGUUUGCAGAAUUGUGAACCUCCAAGUGGGAGCAUGCCAGCAUCAAUUGUCAAUGAUAGCAGCAAACAGCAAUCCCCUUGGGCUGAUGACAACUUGCACAAUGCCUUGACACCAAGCUCUAAUCCUUUACCCGAGUCUAUAGAUGUCAAUAUCAAUCUUGACUUUUAUAGUGUUCCCGAGGUUCAGCAAUUAGGAGCCCAGACUGCAAAUGAACGGACAAGGAGAAUGCAAACUGAUUCCCCUCGUAGAUUUGUUCAACAAUCAACAGAAGAACGAAGCAAAUGGUUAUAUCAGAGUCCUCAACAAAAGCAUGUAGAUGAAAGUGUUCGACGAUUAGGGAAUGUUGCCAUAUCAAAAAGUCGUGAUACUGAAAGCUCAUUGCAACCUUCUCAGAAUAAUGAUAACAGAGGUUCUAUGUAUGUGAUAGGUCAUGGUUCUCCUCUUGAUCGUCCUGUUCCUUGUUCUAAUAAUGAAUCAUUGAAUGUGAAUUCUGGCUUCAGAAGCCCAGAAGUGAAUAAGGAAGGUUUUGAUCAGGACAACGUUGCUGCAAUAACAGAUUCAAGAACAAGAUGGGUCACCAAUGAGAGUAACCAGCAACUUCCAAAUGGCCAUAAUUUUACUAUCUGGAGAAGUGUUGAUGCUAAAGUAAACUCUGGACCAAGCGGGGUGCAAGCAGAAUAUCAGCAAAAUCUGUAUAAGAUCCCUCAAACUUUGGAUUCAUCCGGAAAUAAUUAUUUGGAGAAGGGAGUUUCUGGAGCAAAUAUGGAUAACCUUAGUGUAAAAGAAAAUUCAAAUGACAGUAUUCACUCUAACUUAUCCGAGUAUACUUCCACCAGUGGCAUUAGAGACAAUGUCUGGUUGGAUGAGAAUGAUCCACUGGGAGGAAAACAGAAGUCAUCUGUUCAAGUUAGUCAUAAACCGUAUGGAACCCGUAAAUUUCAUCUGGAUGCGGAGGUUGAACCUUCUUAUGGGCAGUCAAAAUAUACUUGUCAUGCUACUGGAGAGUCUACAGACACUGAGAAGGGCAUUCAAGCAGAUGAGGUACCUUCCAAAAGCUCAAAUCAUUGUUCUGCGCCUGAGAAUUCUUUUGUUGGUUUUGUGCCAAACAAGACAGCGCCAAUUAGUAAAAAUAUGUUAGAGCUUUUUCAAAAGGUCGAUCAGACAAGGGAACAUGGUACUGCAACACACUUAAGCUCUUCUGAGUGCAAUCACUCAUCUGAAAUGCCAGAUACAGAAACUUCUGAUGGAUCAGUAGGCCAGUUCGAGUAUAAUAAACGUUCUGCAUCUCAGGGUUUCGGUUUAAAACUGGGUCCUCCAUCUCGAAGGUUUAACGCUCAGGAUCAUGUAAUUUCAUCUCAGAGUUCUCUGCAAGGAGUUAAUUCUUUAAAUUCAGUCCAUGUCUCUUCUGAGGUAGGAAGGAAGGAUCAUACACGGUUGAGUGCAACAACUUCUAUUCACUCCUUGACUCAUGGGGCAUCCCGUGAAGAUAUUAGGAAUAAAGGCUCACAAUAUAAUAUCCAGGAAAACAUUUCCGUUGGUUUUACCUCUGGUUAUCCUUAUUUAAAAGGUCAUCUUCAAAGCCUGGAUGCUAUUGGUGCGAGUAGACAAGUAACACCAGAUGAAUCUGUCAAUGCAACUUUUGAUGGGUUGGCAUCUCAUUUGAAGCAGAUUGAUGACGUGUCUGAGAGAGCUCAAACUACUCAAUUGGGAAUGAAAUCAACACCUCAUAUACCCAAAACUUCUCCCGAUAAUGACUUCUCUUCUUCUGAGACUUCUUUCCCAAGUAGUACCAUUGGCAACCAAAACCAUGCACGUGAUCCAAGCCUGCAGUUUCCAGUGUUGGAGGCUAUGUCAGCUUCUCAACCUUCUGCUGCUGAAUCUUCUCAGCAAGAUGCUUUUACGAAAAUGCUGAAUGUACGGACCAGUGUUUCAUCCCCAGAACAUCUAUUAGGAGCUAAAUUUUCUCCAGCGUCACAAAAUUUGUUGGAUCCCCAUAGUAACUCAGGAACAACUCCUCCUGUAACAGAGAAGCUAGUAGAUGAUCAAAUUGCUCAAACAGGAAAUAGUAGCCAAUCUGAGUUCCCUGCAGACUGUGCUAAACCACAAAGCUUUGUUGGAGAAGAGAAACCAGCAAAAUCCCAGCUGGUAUUGCAGGAGAAUACUUCCAUUCAAAAUCCUGCAAGUAUGCAAAAGGACAUUGAAGCUUUUGGCUGUUCUUUAAGACCAAAUAAUGCUGUACAACAGAACUAUUCCUUGUUGCAUCAGUUGCAGGCUAUGAAAAAUAAAGAGGUUGAUCCUAGUAAUAGGAGUGUUAAAAGAUUUAAAGGUCCAACUCCAGACUCUAGGUUGGAUGCUCAGCAGUUAAGUUCCCAAGGCAUGGAGCAAUUAUCUUAUGUAUCAAAUUCUAUGAUGAAAGAUGCCUCGGUUGGUCGUCCUUUAGUUCCUUCUGGAGAUUCUAAAAUUCAAAGCUCUUUACCAAACACUGGAGAUAACCACAAUACACAUUUAUCUACUAAUACUAUGCUGCCAUUUGUUCGGAAUGAUUCCCAACAUUUCUCCAAUUCCGAUAAUUCAGCUGCUAAUAUCAGUGGUGAACACUCUCGGAUCAGUCCCCAGAUGGCUCCAUCCUUGUUUGUUGAUCAGUAUGGGGCAAUUAAAAAUGGGAAAAUGUUGCCCAUAUAUGAUGCUCGGAAAAUUGCCAUUAUGAAUGCUACAGAAAAAGCUUUCAUUGUUGGUCAGCCUUCCGACAGUUUGCAUGUUCAUGCAAGUGAGCAGUUUAAUACUGCCACUGACGCUAGUCCUCUGGUUAAAGCCCGACAAAGCUCAAACUUUAUGCCAAUAGCAAGUGAGUUUAUCUCCCCUCCUUCACUUCCACCUGAUAUUGUGAAGCAUAAUUUGGUUGUGAGAAGAAAGAAGCGCAAAAGUAUGACAUAUGAGUUUCUACCAUGGCAUAAAGAAGUGACCCAGGGUUCUCAAGGGCCUCAGGACAUAAGUGUGGCAGAAGGGGAGUGGGCUCAUGCAGCAAAUCGAUUGAUUGAGAAGGUUGAAAAUGAACCUGAAUUUUUUGAAGAUUGGUUGCCACCAGUGCUUAGGUCAAAAAGAAGACUUGUUUCAACCACACAGCUUAUGCAGCAGCUACUCCAUGCUCCUCCUAGGGUAGUUCUUUCGGCAGAUGCCUGCAAAAACUAUGAGACUCUGGUCUAUUUUGUUGCUAGAUCGGUUUUAGGAGAUGCAUGCAGCAUGGCGUAUAUACCUGAAAGUGAUACAGCUACUCUUCCUGAGAGUGGAAGCACUCUCUCUGAAAAGCUUAGGGAGGAGAGAAAUCAAUCCAUCUUAAAGGCUGCAGAAGAGUUUUUCAUCAGGGCAAAGAUGCUGGAAAAUGUUUUACAGAGUCUGGACAAAAGAGCCUCAAUCUUGGACUUGAGACUGGAAUGUCAGAAUCUAGAGAAGGUUUCAGUCAUCAAUCAUUUUGUCAAGUUCCAUAGCAGCUGGCAAGCUGAUGGGGUUGAGAUCUCAUCGUCCUCGAAUGCAGUUACGAGUUCUCAGAAAUUCUCCCAAAGAAAAAGAUAUGUUGUCGCACUACGGAUCCCUAAGAAUCUCCCUGAUAGGGUACAAUGUCUUUCGCUUUGAUUAUUAGUUGAUUCCCCCCCCCCCCCAUUUUGAGGAGCU